CUCGCAGGAGAAAUUUGGAAGGCAGUGUGCACGCCUCGGAAGAGAUUUCCGGAUCGUUGCCAUCUCCUUGUUCGUGAUUAGUCGUUUGCAUCCCUCUCUAUAUGCUAGAUUGAGAGAAAAUUCUCCUGUAAUAAGGGCAAAGGCUUUACGUGCGGUAGCCGCUGGUCACUACCAAUGGGCCAUAGGCUGACCCGAUGAUUGGGCCGGAGCAGACCAGAUGAUUGGGCCGGAUGUGACAGCUUGCCCCUUCCUCCGGCGGCCGGUCGCACCAGCCUUGUACGCCUAGCAAGAGCGCCACCCUGCAGCUUCGCCCGACGCACGACUGGUUCAUUGAGAUGACCCUCCGGUGGCCGGUGCUCUUGGUGAUUUAUCCAAGCUUAAACUAAGUAAUGUCGAUAUCACCGGGAUCACCAUGGCGAGGUGGUGCUGCAUUCUUAUCGCAACCCGUGACCGAAGACGAUGAAAGAGCAGCUGAGUGCGUGGUGGAAACAAUUUACUAUUUCAAUGUCAGGUGCCCAGUUGGAACACCUUUGCCUGACAUUGAGUACAGAAGUAGUGAUGGAGAAAUAGAUAUCUUGCGCCACGUAUUUAGAUGGGAUAGAGCCCCAUAUGACUUUGUCUUUCAACAUGGAUUUGAAGCCAGGCGUCAAGAAAACACUCCAGAUAGCGUGUUUUACAAUCUGGAGCGAUAUGUGAAUUCGGGUGGGAGGCCUCUUGACAUUCGGAGGGACACAACUCAUGGCUUUGUUAGCACAACCAUAAGCAGUUCCUGGUUUCCUCCUGUGAAUAGUGGCACUGUAGACCGUGUAUAUCGUUAUGAGAUAUAUGCUCCUGGAGGAAUCUUGGUCUCUGAAACAUUAGGUGACCUUUAUCGCUACCCUGCUCAAGACGAGGUUGCUUUCCCUGCCGGCAUUGCUCCUCAAUAUAUUCGAUCUGCACAACUCUUUGAGCUCGCGAAUGACAGGAGGUAUACAAGACGUACCCGAGUGAAUAAUGUUCUAUACAUAAACUCGCACUUCAAUCCUCAGUCACAUCCACCAAGGGAACUCAAAAUCCAGUACCCGGUAUCUCGUUACAAUGAAAAUGGAGAGACUAGAAAACUAGAAAUUCAAAUGGUGCCAGAGCAGCGACUGCAGAAGCGUUCGAUGGACACAAAUGACGAUGAGUUAGUUGACUAUUACACAGAGGAAGUGACGGAUGUUGACUACUACAUCGAUUCAGCAUUCCGCUCUACGCGGAGAAAUGAAGCUUAUAUCUUCAUCAAAGGGCAGUAUGUUCUCAUCAAUUAUGCUCCUGGAACAACAGGUGACAGGGUCGUAAACGGCCCACAUUUCAUAGGGAGUAGCUUCCACUCUCUUGUGGGUACUGUUUUUGCAGAAUAUGGAAUAGAUGCUGCUUUUGGGUGCCAUGAUCGUGAUGAUAACGAAGCAAUGAUCUUUUCUGGGAAUCUUUCUGCUAGGAUAAACUAUGCACCAGGGACAACUGAUGAUUGGAUAAUUGAAGGCCCUAAAACCAUUAGACAGAAAUUUCCCUUCUUCAAGGGGACCCAUUUUGAGGGAGGAAUAGAUGCUGCAUUUGAAUCCACUGUGACAGGAGAAGCUUACCUAUUUAAAGGUUCAGAGUAUGCUCUCAUUGACUACUCUAAGCCAAGCCUCAUCGCUAUGCGUCCCAUAACUGAGGGGUUUCAGUGCUUACGCAACACCAUAUUUGAAAGAGAAAUUGGAGCCGCCUUUGCCUCGCAUGUAGAUAACGAGGCUUAUCUGUUUAAAGGUAACAGCUAUGUGCUCCUACACUUUACGCCCGGGGAAACGAAGGACUAUAUUAUAAGUGGACCCAAAGAGAUUGUUCCUGCAAAUUGGCCCUCGUUGAACGGAAUCCUGCCUCAGAAAAACAUAGGGCUUGAUAUUUUCUAUGAGUUUCCUCAACCUGAAAAGCAGCACCGCGACCAUGAUGAGUUAUAAAAUACUUCAAAACAUUCAUGCAUGUCGGGCAAGCCAAUAUCUGGGUUUGAGUCUGCAUUAGUGCAUGAAUGUGUAAUGAUAAUGAGCAAGUAAAAUAAUGGGAGAGUGCCUGUGUGAAUGUGUCACUUGUCAGAAGCUGCAAAAUCACUUAUGUUUUUGAAAGCUUCGUCUGGGUUUGAGUCUGCAUUUCUGUGUGCAUGUUUAAUUACUGAGCUAGUGAAAUAAAGGGGGAGUGCAUGUGUGUAAAUAUCACUCGUCAGUCGGUCUACGGACUUGUUUUGUAAUUUAGAUCUUUCCAAGGGUUCUAUAUGUAAAAUGAGUGUUCUGUUCCACUUUUAAUAUA